AUGGCAGCGGAUCAAAGGAAACGGACAAUGGAUGCGUUGGAGAGAAGGUUUGCUGUUGCAAAAGCUGAGUUACUUCAACAACAGCAAAAGAAACACAGAUUAACACAUCAUGAGGAACAUAGGAGAGUAAAUAACGAUGUAGCCUCUACUCCAUCGCUUCGAGCAGAUGCACCCAAGGUUCCUUCCUUGAGUAGAUCGUCAAAGAAAGGGAGUUCGUUUUUCUUUGGUUACGCUCCAUCUCAAGAUCCAGAUGAAAAUGGUUUAGCAUAUUCACAGCUCCCCCAAGCUGUACACGAGAACCUGCUGAAGACUGAUGUGAAGUUUAAGAGUAAAAAGGAGAGUGCGGUGGACAAGAUUUUGCAUGACCUUUUUCAGCACGGUGAUGCUUCUCAGAAGUACAUGCAAGGAUCCAGAAACAUAAAAAUUGAUAAUUGGAUCCUUCUUGACAAUUAUGUACCAAGCAAAUCUACUGGUUCUCAUACUAGAGCUUCACGAUCCAACUCAAAGUGUUCGAGAAGGCCCAUGUCUAUGAAGCAACACAAAAAACUUGGGACGUUUAAUCUGCCUCAAGAUCUCCAAAAAUUUGACAUUUAUAAGCCAAUGCAUGAGAUAUGGAAAGACUACAUGAUGCAGCUUCUCAAGAAAACUGGGAGGAAUGAGUUGCCUAAAUAUCUUCUGAGUGCAGAUCUACAUGGUGCUGCUAUUCUAGUUGCUGACUGUAAGAUAAAAUCAUUUACUGGAAUUACUGGUAUUAUGAUUCGUGAAACUGUCGAAACAUUUGGGAUAAUCACACAAGACAACAAAUUUCAAGUUGUGCCCAAAAAGUUGUCCGUAUUUAUAUUUCAAAUUGAUUGCUGGAAGAUCACAAUGAAUGGUGACAAACUCUCUUCAAGAAACUCAGGCUUUGAUGCAUGCCCGAGGAAUAGGCUGUCAAGUGUGUCAGUCAAAUUAAUCAGUUCCAUCACUCAUGGAGUUUUGAAAUUCUUGUGUGAUGCGUAUAAUGAAUGGGGAUGCUGUGCACGAUGUAAAGCGCUUUGCCUACCUUUGGCUGUGUGGCGUAAGGUCGGAGUAUUGAAGCCAUGGAUUUUGUGUGUGAGCCAGGGCAUGAAAAAGAUUCUAGAUCCAAUUCGGCAAAGCCAUGGCUGGAGCCUUUUCCAUCUUUCUCCCAGUAAUGACUCUGAGGUAAAGGAGAAAUAUGGUCCUGGUGCCGUUAUUCCUUAUGUAAAGGUCAGAAGUAGUAGGAAAUGA